UUUCCUGGUCGGGUGUUUGUUGUGACGCACACGUGGAACUCUCGCACAUGCCGUGAAAACACUGAACGCCUCACUUUAAUAAACAUUUAUACAUUUAAUUUAAUACUGCGCAUUAGAUUGAUAAUGUCAGCAUCUGUGAUUCGAAGAGGACUUGAGCUAUUCAGCGAGAAAGAUGGAGCGAAGCAUAAGCAAAAGAGGAACCGCUCUAGUAAGGGUGCACUGAUGGAGCAGAAAAGCACACAGAAGCAACGCAUCCAGAAACGGAUCAGACAGCUACAGAGAGCCGGACAAUCAUCGCUGAACAACAACACCGUCAAAGACAAGCGUGUUCGAUCAGCCGUGGAUGAAUACAGGAAGAAGCAGAAGAAGAGUCAGCUGAGCUCAAACCUGAAGUAUUUCCUGAGGACCAGCUCCACAACACAGAAACACCACACAGCAAAGGAGGUCCAGCAGAGCUCCAGCCGGCGCUCCUGUGAUCAGCCGGAUCUGCCCGAACCCAAACCCAAAGAAACAUCCGUCUUCACCGAGCAGGAGUUCCAGACCUUCCAGAAGGAGUAUUUCUCCCGUCUCUGAUCAACAUUGAUCAGUACUGAAGACGUCUGAGAUUAUAAUCAAUAACAGCAGCUUUCCUUUAAAACUGUUAUUAUUGAUUAUUUUCACCUGUACACUGCCAACAAUGCUGUUCUUACUUAGAGAUUCUGUCUUGUUUAUGUACAAAUAUUUAAAAACUCUUAAAUCACGAAGCGUUUUCUAGACAAGCUAAAGAUAUUGUGUUGUUUACAGAGAUAAUGAAGAGUUUAUCAUUAAAACAAGCUAAAUAAUCCUGUCAAAAGCAAAAUGAAUUCUCUUCCCCCAUUGUCAGAUUAUUUAGCUUGUUUUAAUGAAAAACUCUCUUCAUUUUGACUCAUUAUUACUGAAAGCAAGACUAUAUGUUGUGCUGGUUUAGUAAACGCUUCUUGAUUUAAGAGUUCUUAUAUAUUUGGACUAGAAACAAGACACACAUUUGAAUAAGAUAAAAACAGAGCAGUGUAAAUGAAUCUGAGGACUCUUAUAGUGUUGUAUUAAUGAAAGUUAAUGUACAUAAUAUUUUCUCUGCAUCGUCAAACACAAGAUGAUGCACUUUCUCUCAGUUAAAGGCAUACACAUUCUAUCGAGUGCUAUAAUAAAUUUAAAUAUUGCUUAUGAUUUCUUUCCUGCAA